GGUUGAGGCGGGAGUGCGCGCGUGCGCACCCUAACCGGUGAGAGCAGAGAGCCGGGCGUCAGCGGCGAGCCCCGGGGCUUGGGCUGGUCAUUGGCGGCGAGGAUGCUGAGGCCGCGAGGAUGGAAACCCUGAAAGUGAAGGACCGGAUCCUGGAGAACAUCUCGCUGUCGGUGAAGCAGAUUCAGGGUUACUUUGCUGCCUGUGAGGAGGAGACACCGGCAAUUCGAAACCAUGACAGGGUGCUGCAGAGGCUGUGUGAACAUCUGGACCAUGCACUACUUUAUGGUUUGCAGGACAUUUCCUCUGGGUACUGGGUAUUGGUCGUCCAUUUUACGCGGAGUGAAGCGGUGAAGCAGAUUGACGUGCUGCAGCAUGUAGCUACGAACCUUGGUCGCAGUCGGGCCUGGCUGUACCUUGCAUUAAACGAGAAUUCUCUGGAAAGCUACCUGAGAUUAUUCUGGGAAAAUCAAAACCUGCUUCAUAAGUACUACUUCAAGAAUGCCCUAGUCUGCAGUCAUGAUCACCUGACUCUCUUCCUCACACUAGUGUCUGGCCUGGAAUUCAUUCGAUUUGAGUUGGAGUUGGACGUUCCCUACCUGGACCUGGCUCCAUAUAUGCCAGAAUAUUAUAAACCGCUGCACUUGCUGGACUUUGAAGAGCGCCUGCCCAAUUCUGUGCAUGGUUCUGACAGCCUGUCACUCAAUUCAUUCAACUCUGUCACCUCCACUAAUCUAGAAUGGGACGAUAGUGCCAUCGCACCCUCCAGUGAGGUGCAUUGGAGGGACAGCAAUGUGAUACGACCACUUAUAGAUUAUGAUUUUGGAGAUGUCUUUCCAGCAGCACAGUCCAUACCCAGCACAGACUGGGAAGAGGGUGAAUUGACGGACACGGUCAGCAGCUGUCCCCGAUCUGGAACUUCAGAGAGUCUGCCAUCAAACAACAAAACUAGGAGUCCAACCCUGCGCUACAACCCUUUCAAUAAUGAGACCGAGGGAUCUAUCCUUACAACAAGUGACACUGUGGUGCCAUGUUCUGAGCCCCAGAGAGAAGAGAGCACACCAGAUCUCCAGGAGAAUAGUGCAGACCUUGAAGUAAUUAGAUUAGCAAAGAAGAGGAGAACACCCAAAAAGAAGAGAACAAAAUCCGAGGAACAAAUUCUAGAUUCUAAAACUACAGAGGUACAACUAUCGACAGGAGAAAGUGCAAAGUCCAAACAGAGCAGUGAUGCUGAACCAGAAGAACAGAAUGAAGAAAUGGGUUUACAGAAACUCCAAGGGAUUGACACUGGUGAAGAGAAUUGCAACUCCCAGGGCAAGAUGUCACUAGUGACACAUAGAGAGUCUGAUGUGGAUGCUCCUCAGCCAGGUCUGUUAAUACCACAGAUGAAGGACACUUCUAUGAACAGUGUUGGGCAUCCCUUGAGCAAGGUGAUGAAGCAGCUCAAUGGGACGUUGGAUGCAAAAACCUGGAUGUCAGAUAGUGAUCACCUACCUGAGCAGCCCUUUCGGACUUCUGUCCCGGGGGGAGCCCCGGAUGAACCUCCGUUUAGCCAAUAUAGUGAGCAGAUGCCACCUCCCGUGGAUUUCUACAAGUUUACCGUCGAAAGUCCAAGUGCUCCUGGAGCAGGUAGCUGCCACUAUGACACUACAGGGGAAAGCCAAUCAGCGCAUGUUUUUAGUGGCCAUGAAACUGCUGGCGCAGAAAUGUGCCAAGGAGAGAAAAUCCCUCCUGUAGACGAGUCAGACAGCCACAGGACAGAAUAUGCAGAGGCUCUUCCAGAACAGGAUAAACAGGCUGAUGUUGAAACCGGCCAAAUAUCAGAGGCCAGCGUGGAACAAUUGCAAAUUCAGACCGUGAGCUCUGAGAGUACAGAGGAGGAAGAGAAAGCUCAAAGCAGUCCCUCUGAAUUAACCCACCCUGCUGACUUCAGGGUUGACAAUAAUUUGCUGCUUUUGCUGAUGAUUCACGUUUUCAAGGAGAAUGAAGAACAACUUUAUAAGAUGAUGCAAAUGUGGACAGGUCACAUGGAAGGGAAUUUACAGUUGCUAUAUGUGUUGUUGACUGACUGUUACAUCUACUUGUUGAGAAAAGGAGCUGCAGACAAGCCCUAUGCAUUGGAAGAAGCUGUGUCUUACAAUGAGCUUGAUUACAUUUCGGUGGGGCUUGGUCAGCAGACCAUUCAGCUUGUUUGCACCAACCGGCGGAGGCAGUUCCUGCUUGACACAGCAGAUGAAUCUCUUACAGAGUUUUUCCUUGCUGCCUUGAGAUCUGCCAUGAUUAAGGGCUGCAGAGAGCCUCCAUAUCCCAGCAUCCUUACUGAUGCAACUAUGCAGAAACUGGCACUGACUAAGUUUGUGGCCCAGGAGUCAAGCUGUGAGGGGUCAGAAGUGACUAUCCAUCUCUACAGUUUGAUUCAUUGGGAGGAUCCCAUGGAUGUAACUGCAGGGCCCCAGAGGAAUGUCUACAUGGCACAUGGAAAUACUGUUACAAAAGAAGGAAUUCUGCAUUACAAGGCUGGCACCAGUUAUUUGGGCUCACCAAUCUGGAAGCCCUCAUAUGUAGUGCUUAGCAACGGAAUCCUCUACCAGUAUCCUGACAGGAUAGAUGUAACGCCACUUAUGUCAGUAAACUUGGCUGGAGAACAAUGUGGAGGCUGUCGCAGGUCCAGCACAACUGAGCGACCGCACACAUUCCAGGUGAUUCUAACUGCGCGCCUGGCUUUGGAACUCAGUGCUGAGAAUGAAGAAGAGAUGGCUGACUGGAUGCAGCACCUUUGUCAGGCAGUGUCAAAAGGGAUCAUUCCCCAGGGCAUUUCACCCUCUCCAUGCAUCCCAUGCUGCCUCGUUGUGACUGACAGGAUGCUGUUUACUUGCCACGAGGACUCUCAGACCAGCUUCUUCCGAUUAUUGGGCAGCGCUGAGCUAACGAGUGUCAACAGCAUCUCCACCAGCCCUGGCAGAGAGUACUGUGUGAUGGAGAUGUCUGAUGAUCAGAAAUCUCCUCCGUGGUUCCUGUAUUUCAGUUGUGCAGAAGAGCUGCAACGUUUUCUUGCUGCAUUGAACAUUGCAUGGAGGAAGAUCUAUCAGGUGGAUCUACCUCAGAAAUCGCUUCAGGAUCCCUCCAUUCAGAAGAAAUGUGAUGAUGCAGUUCUGCUCAUUCGGACCACGUGGCAGCGAAGUGAUAGUCUUUCACGUGGACGUGCUGAACGUGAACCAUGGUGUUGAGCACCUUGGAACACUGGCCGUAUGGUGCAAUAAUGCUGCAGCUGUUACUGACUUCCUGCAUUUCCAAAUGUGUGUGAGCAGUGGUCUUCCUGGAGGUGUGGAGAGGAAUAUGGGAUGUAAAAGGAAGUGGUACCAAUCCAAAUGGACAAGCUGACAAUUCUUUGGAAAUACAUCAAUAAUGUCAUUUAUUAGAAAGGAUGAAGAGGAGGGAACGGAAGAGACAUUGAAUGAAACUCUGCUUAUUGAGCUGGGAAUAGGUGUGCUUUCACACUUACAAUUGUGAAAUGUGUGCAUUCUCAAUGAAUUUGUCUGAUGGCUUCACCAAGAUACAUUCAAUGAACAUCACAUCUCUGAAAGGUUGUUGCCCAACUGCAUGACUGUCUCCUUCAAUAAGAGGUUUUUUUAAUAUAUAAAGAGAUGCUUGAGCAAAAUCAAAUCAUUUCUUCUUUGGAGAAGUUCAAGGACUAGUGUGCAAAGAUCAAGGGAACCUGAGAAACACUUCUCUCUGAAUCACUGCCUUUUGUUGCUGAAACACUCACCUAUGUUUCUAAAAUGGAACAGGUGAUGUUUUAAAUGUCUUUGCAUCCCAGUCUCUGAAUGCCUACCUUGAGCUUCACUUUUAACAACUGUCUGAAGGUUUUAGGGAAUUUUUGUUUUCACCAGUGUCAAUAACUUAAAAGACUGGAUAUCAUCAUGUGAUGUAUAAUCAUAGCUUUGGGCUUUUCCAGAUUUUAGGAUCUAAUUUUUAGAGACAAAAGUGCUUUUAUUAAGUUAUACUGUUUAGGUCUGGCUGCACUCCAGUCACUUUUAAAUGAAGCCUCUUAAGGUUUAAUCUGUAAAUAUGUUUCAGUUGUGUCCCAUGAGGUCAGUGUCCCUAAAGCUCAGUUUCUGACCUCCUUCCUGGUAAAUGGAGAAUCUUGCACAAGAUAUUUUUCAUUAAUGGAGACUCUCUGGACUGUGGUUCCUAUCUUUACAUCUGGUGAAGCAACCACUACAUCCUGUGCUUUAAUUCAAGUGUAAAAGAUGCUGUUUAAAUGCAAAUGCACUACUAGAUUGAACCAAUAAUAGGUAAUAUGACAAAAGCAUUUUAUUUUCAGUGAGGUUGGAUUUUUCCAGCUAUAUAUCAGAAAAAUCAUAUGCAAGAAAUGGCAGGUAGGAAAGAGUUGUUGAUCUGUAGCUCAAGUUAGGUGUUGUAUUUUGAGUCCUGUCAAAAAUUCAAAGCUUUCCCCAUCUAUAUCAUGUAUUUUACUAAAUGAUUCGUUCAUUUAAAGUACAGGUAGACAAUCCUUUAUCCGAAAUCCUUGGGACCAGCUGUCUUUUGGAUUUUGGAAUUUUUUUUGGAUAAAGGAUUAAAUUACAUUUUCAUAGUAAAAUAAAAAAAAUUACCAAACAGCAGACCUGCCUGUGAUUACUACGAGUGCUGAGACAAAAUUGACGCCUGCCCAGUGCUGGACAACACCUCUACAUCACAUCUGAGCGACGUGGGUGUGGAGUUGGGUUAACUGUUUGCAUGCCAAACAACCUUGUUCUGGAGAGAAAAAGCUUCACGAUAAAUGUUCGGAUUUCGGAAUUUCAGAUAAAGGAUUGUCUACCUGUGGUAGUUCGAACCUGGAAACGGUUCCAUUGCUGAGAUUGUAGAUAGGUAAUAGACAAUAGGUGCAGGAGUAGGCCAUUCUGCCCUUCGAGCCUGCACCACCAUUCAAUAUGAUCAUGGCUGAUCAUCCUUAAUCAGUAGUGGAAUAGUGUGCAAAUAACAAAUAUAUGCACCAAUGUUUACAAGAGCUCUUGUAUAACAGUAACAUUUACAGUGGUAUGUUUGAAAGUUUCUCAGGCAAAGGUACCAACUCCUAGGCCAGAAGGCCCAGGUCUAUGCGGACCAAGUAAAUCUCAGUGCUGUUUUCAGUCAGUUAUUAUCUGUAUUGUAUAACGAUAUAAACCUCUCUAUUCUUUUGCUGCCACUAGGCACUGUGAAUAUACUGCAGUGUAGUGUUCAUUACCCCAUCUCAAUCUAGUGGCAGUAUCUCAAUCUAGUUGCAUAACAUUUUGUAGUCUACCUCUAUUUAGACACUAACCCAAGUAUUGCUUGUUCCUGUGAGCUCAGCAGCAAAUGUGCACAUUUUUCCUUUUGCAAUUUUUGAAUUCUGAAGAAAUAUAGUAAUAUGCAGGCUGAGGGGAUAUUGAGAUUUGGGCAAAUAAUGGUUUUUGCAGUUUAAUGGAAACUCAGCUUUUGUUUCCUAGCAUGAUAACUUUAUACUCUUCUGUCUGAGGCUUGCAUUUGCUCUAUAGUUCAGGAUGAUAAUUCACCUCCCUGGUGACAACAGUUGACAAAUGCUAAACUCAGGGUAGCUGAUCAAGCGAUCUAUCGGUGUCUAUGCAAUAAUAACCACCCAGAGCUGACACCCAAAAAAACAGGAUCCUUGAAAUCUUUUAUCACAACAAGAAUCAGAGCCCUUGGAAAUCUGAAUUUCAGCAGACUUCGUGUUCGUAGACUUUGCAAAUUAAAAUAAGCACCUUCAUGAUGGAGAAGAGGGAGAAAACUCUGAAGUCACUAAUUUCUCUCGUCAAACUCUAUCUAAGCUUCCUCUCUCCUAGCGUUAAAUAAUGCAUUAGUGGCAGUUAAGAUGUUUUCGAAAUGCUUAACUCUAUAUAAUUUUGUUCAGAACUGUUCAAACCUGAUCAUUGUAUUGAGAAGUCACCUGAUUAUAUUCUGAUCAACCAAACUCAACUUGUAAUCCUAUUUGUUUUCUGCACUUUAAUAGGCAGAAAGAUUGCACGUUGUAGCUAGGGUACUGGCGAAGCAUUAUGUAAAAAAAAUUUAAAUAAUAGACCUUAUUCCUUGUGAAUGCUUUAUUUACAUGCUUAAAAGCAAAAAAGUCAUACUGACAACAACCAAAAGCCAUAUAGCUACAGCAAAUGAGUGAUUAAAACAAUAAACCCAAUAUAACUAAAUAGUAAAGGAUUUAAAAACCAAGGAUGUAUGACUUUUUUUUUAUCAGAGCCAAGCCACAGUUAGUAUAUUUUCAAAAGCACCAACAUUGGCGUAAUGGAAGGACUGAGUGGUUAAUUAACACUGAAUCAAAAAUGUUUUUGAACCCUACAAGAACAGAAAUGUACACCCUACUUUGGAGAGUCUGAUCUGGUUAAUCAAUCUGUGCAUUUCUUAGAUCAAUGUUUCCCAAACCCCCUUCUGUUGUGAAAGUUGCUGAAAUAGUAGGCCUGUGGAAGUGGAAAGAAAAGCUGUUUACUCCAGAGUUUUUUCAGUCAAAUGCAUCUCCCUUUCCAUUAUGUUUUCCUGGACAGAAUUGAGUAAUUAAGCCAUUCCCACUAUUAAAUGAACUUGGAGGGUGGAAAGGGGUCACACAGCUAUUGAUACUUGGUCAGAGAUUCACAGCAGCUAUUACUGCCUCAGAGUGAGGUUGUGACCCACAGUUUGGGAAGCUUUGACUUGGCAGUUGUGUAAAAAUUAAAUUCUAUUUGCCACCAUGUUUUUAAGCUCUGCAGAUUGCACCUUGUUUUGUAAAACUCCCAUGUUAUACUGCCUCAACUGAGCGAGGAUGAGUUGAAACCAAAAGGUGACCCAUUACAUUGACAAAGGACUGUGUAAAUGUUCAGUCCAUUAACUCCUGUAUUUGAGUAUUUCAUAAACAAUCCAUAACUCUUGUACUUUUCAUUUGUUAAAGUGAAGGGUCACCUAAAAUGAAAUCAGUAUUAAAACUGGAUUUUUAGAGGUGCAGAUUUUUGGGAUUCUGAUAUAGACUUGCUAUAUAAUUUUAGAUGCUUUUAGAUUUUGAUUUAACUAAACUCCCUCAGAUCCUUGACUGAUGUGAAUCUUGACAACCCAAAUGUAGGAAUGUUCUUUUAUUGCAUUCUGCUUGUAAGAUAUUGUUUAAAGUUAAGUGUGAGGUUUCCUCUUUUCCACUCAAUAUCUCAGCAAGUUUAAGCAUAGAGCAGCUGAGUCUUGCAAAUCAGGAGGAUUCUGGGUUCAGUAUUUGAUUCAUGCUUGGAAAACUGAUCUCUGGGAUAGCAAAUGAGGUGCUGGAGUUUGCAGUGAUGUAGAAUUCGCGAGGUUUCUACACUGACUGACUAGCACAAGAAAACAAUGUACAGUAUGUGGAUCUUUGAGUCUUUGGUUGAUAAUGUUACUGAUGUUUACUGGCAUGUUUACAGGCAACAUUUAUUGCUCAUCCUUAAUUGCCCUUUAGAAGGAGUUGGUGUUCUGCUGCCUUGAACUGCUAAUGCAUUUGUAUCUAAAAUACUGCCCUUAGAAUUGUACCUGAUAACAUAUGCCCAAUCCCACAUUGAAUUGUACCUAAAAGAAAGUCUACACUGGCACUUGUAAACCUACCCAAAAAUAAGUCUUGUGCAAGAACCAUAGAACAGUACGCAGCUGAAGCCAUUCUGGUAUCUGUGGAAUUUAACACCUUCAUUUAAGCUUCACUCAUUAGUGGCAUUCUCACUUGGUUCGUCAAACUUUACUCCAGAGCUUAGAACAUUAACUCCUGUGAUUUCCCAGUGCAGUAUGGAGAAAUGCUGCAUUUACAGUUGCUGUCUUUCAGAUGAGAUGUUGACACACUACCCCACAUUCCUGUCCAGAUGGAUGACAUUUUUCAAAGAAAACCAGGAUUGUUUGUGUCUCCUGAGCAAGACUUCUUAACCAAUGCCACGAGAACCAAAUCAACUGAUCAUUUAUCUAUGCUGUGUACAGGUUAGCUGUAGUUUUUGCCUACAUAACAACAAUGACAAUACUUAAGUGGUCCUGAAGGUCUUAGGGACAUCCUAAAUCUAAUGACAUUUAUGUAAGUUCCUUCCCCUGUCUUUUAGCAGGGAGGUGAAUGAUUGAAAGUUAAAAAGGAAAAGGAUACUAUACAAACAGUUACAGUGUGGAGAUUCUAGAUGAACACAUACAAUCGAGUAGGGUGCUAAUAUUCAAGUACACUAAUUUGGUACACCAUGUACUUCAUUUAAAAAAAACUAUUGUAAUUUUAUGCAAGUUAUUAAAGAAAGGAAAAUGCUGAUAAUAUUGGAUUCCGUAUGUACUGGAAUCAUCAAUUUCCAUAGGACUACAGUUAGGUUGGGAUUUUUAGAAGCAAGGUUAAUGUGUGAUUGUUGGAAUCUUGUACAGAGGUGUUGGAUUAAAUGUUCAAAAAGAACUGCGAUUUGUUCUCUCUCCAUAUAUACACAAAUAACCACCCCAUGUGCAAGGGCAUUUAAGAAUAUGUGGUAUAUUUUGUUUUGCAAGAGUUUUCAUCUUGUAAGAUAUUUAUGUGAUGCAGAGUGUCACAGUUCUCCACCUUGAAGUCUUUGUUUUAUGUAGUGUCCAAAAACGGCCCUGAUUGCAAUUUGUAAUGUGUGAAUGAUGAACACCUUACUAACUUGGUCCAUGUUAUUUUGUUACUGAACCCACAAAGUGAAAUGUUCUUAUCUUUUUAAUGAGAUUUGCUUUUGUAUGCACUGUAGGUUUUUUUUUGUUACUCCAAUCUAGAGGUCAAAGUUUACUGGUUCUAGAAGUAGAAAACUCCACAGUAGAUAUUGCACCAAUCUGAGCUAAGUAGAAUUGUUAGAUAACUUAAAUGAUAAUAUGUUACAAUAAGGUUUUUAUUCCCAAUUGUGGAAAAUGAAAGUAUCUAAUCAUUUAAAAUAUUUCCAAGUGCUUUGUAAAAAGUGGGGUUAGUGUCCUUUUAUAGGAAUGAUGUCCUGUUCAAGCAUUUAUGGUUGUGACCUGAUUGUGUUGUUAAUUACUUUGAUUCAUAAGCAUAGAUCAGAGACUAUUUAAUAUGUUGCAGCAUUAAAUCAAGAAAGGCUUCAUAUUUGUGUAAAAACACCUCAUGAUUACUCUUAGCAAGUUGUCUACUAUCUUGAGAUAUUGAACCUUGAAAUUAGACCUUUACACUACCCGCUCAAAUCCUUCAGUGUCUAAGCUAAAGAAGGUAUUCUGUUAAACUUCAGGUGACUGUUAGGUAAUCUGUGUACAGCAAGAAGAAAGCUACUUUAAUUGAAACGUUAGUCAUUGUAUUUAAGCAAAGGGGCUAUUAAACUGUGCCUUGAAUCCAAUCCAUUUUCUAUGUUUACAACUUUUUAAAAUUAGAUUUAAUUCCCUACUGUGUAGAAACUAGGAAAUUAAAUUGCUCUUUAACCAGAAGAUUGAGGAGCUGUAGCUAAUCAAUUUUGCCCCAAGGUCUGAGCCCUCAAAUCCAGUGUAAUCACAGUCAAUACAGAAACAUGACAUUGUCUUGGUGUGAAAAUAUACCAGGGAAACAGCAAGCCUGGAAAGGGCAAAGAAAGGUUGAUUUAAAGACGUUUAAGAUUUUCUUUUCCUUUACAUUGCUCUUUCUUUUAAAAUAAACAGUACUCCUCUAAACACCAGAAAGAUAUCUUGGGCUUAAAACUUUAAACAAACUUAUGAGUCAUUAAUAGUAGUUCUGUGGUGAUAAACUAGUUAAUUUCAAUGAGGAAUUAUUAGAUCAAUUUACCUGACUGCAGAUAUGAAAAUUGGUUCCAUCCCAUCUCAAAAUAAUGAAUAACAAAGUGUGUUUUGCCAGUGAUUAGGUGUUGCAUUGUCCCCAUCACAUGACAAGUAAAGCUAACUUGGUUUAGUUUGCCUACCAUUGGUCUAUAGAUUUUUGCAUCUUUUUUCCUGCCUUUGCUAUAUUACACCUGUAUUAAUAUCAUUGAGUAAUAUGGUGAGAUAAAACAGACUGAAAAAGACUGAUCAUCUAUUAUAUAACUAAUAUUGAAUAGUACAACUUUUGAGGCAUAAGUAAUUCGACAGAUCCUGGAGAAUUUUCACUACUUGUGUAAUAUACUAUAACCUAAAAGUGUGUACAUUAACGUUGAUGCAAUCUUCAGGAGUCCAGUACUUAUGAUACUUAUCAAUGCAUGUUUUGUGUUUAUACAAUGUAAAUGCAGUGUUUAUUGUAUAUAACUUAAUGUAAAUAGA